AUGGCGGUUUGUUUACAUUUCGUAGCGGUUAUCAUCAGGUUCCCGUGGUUCGAUAUUCGGUCGAGCUUUCUUUUCGUCAACCUCAUCGUGACGAUCGUGGUGCUCGGUGGAUUGUUGGUAACGAUCGAAAAUCAUCUGCCCACUGCCAUCCGGCAGACGUUCCGGUAUGACAAGCAUGCACUGAAGGGAUCAUCGGAACGAUUGGUGUCCCUGCUGGAGAUCCUGAAGCCAGCGCGGGACUACGUAAUCGCCUUCCUCGAUACGUUGGCAACCAACAAGCGUAUGGUGUGCACCACGCCUACCGAGACGAAGGUUGCCAUGACGCUGAUCACGCUGCAGUGUUUGCGCCGCUUCUACGAGACCUGGUUCGUGCAGGUGUUCUCGAGCAAGCUGAAAAUCACACACCAGUGUUGCCUCUUCAAGUGCAAAUCUACGAACAUGUUUAGAAGAUUUGGCUCUUUCGGUCGCAACGUGUGCCGAGUCGCUGGGGAUAUUGGAUUGUAAGGAAUGAUUAUACUGUCCGCAGGAACCAGAUGAUGACAUCACCAAGGAGCUAAUGCGCUAAAGCUUAUCAGGAGGAGGCGAGAAUGGUUUGAUGUUUUUGGCACAGCUCCCACGUAUCAUCCAUACCACUGUAGAGUUGCGUACAAGUUCAGCAAAAGAGAGAGGGUCGCAUGAGUGGAUGAGCGCUGAGCGCACUGGCUCAAAGAGAGAAUUGUGAGGGAGAGGAAUUGAUGAGAGCGUAUAUAAGCAGGUGCUCAAAGCAAAGAGAGGGCUUUUUGGAAAAAAAAACAGUUGGACAGAUAACUAUUAACAGCACCGAACUAACGGGCAGGAUUCUACAACCACAUCAAAUCAGUAUGGCGCAGCCCUGAAUAUGUACAACGUCAUCCUGCUCGGGUUGGAUGAUGACGGUCUCCCGCUCGGUAUAUCUUGACGGCAGUAUAACGCAAG